UAUAGAAGCUUCUAUAGAAUCUGCUUCGUAAAAAUUUGAGUCGUCAUCUGCUGCCAUCUGGGUUGUUUCUGCUUGGUAAAAUAUGGCGGCAGUAGCAAGUGCCUGGUUGUUAAAUAGUUUUUCCACAACAUAUAGACACGCGAUCUGCCUCAAUUUUUGUCCUAUUAGUUUCUUACAAGUGCGGAACUAUGCUGCCAGAAAAGGCACGAGAGAAAAAGCUAGAAAGAAAAGAGUCAAAGUGGUCAUUGAAAAAGUGGGUUUCAUCCCACAUAAUCAGAGAGCAGAUAAAGCUAAGAAGAAGCCUGAGAUAAAGGAUAUUAUACCAGAUGACAGCAAGAGAUCAGAACCAUUAGACAAUGUAUGGAUUUCGAAAUUUCAUAAAUGGAAAAUUUAUUCAUUUGAAGAAGCGAUGCAAAAUCAUCGUGAGACGCAUCACCCCACUAUAUAUAAUAUGCCAAAUGCACAUAUUAAUGCAUUUAUAGAAUUGGAUAUGCAGGAUGUAAAAAAGACAAAAUUUGUUGAAGCUUUCUCACGAAUUGUAUGUCUGCCACAUGUAUUUGAUCAUGGUCAAAGCAGAAAAAUACUGGCGUUUUGUAAGACUUCUGAAAUGGAGGAUGUUGCAAGAGAAGCUGGUGCUCAUUUUGCUGGUGGCAAACAGUUGAUAAAAAUGAUUCAGAAUGGAGAAUUUUCAUUGAAGGAGUAUGAUAUUAUUGUAAGCGAACCAAGCAUUUUACCUGAUUUACUGCUGAUUAGAGGACUUAUGAGGAAAAAAUUUCCUAGUGCUAAAACAGGUACUCUUGAUACCGAUAUCAAAAAGCUCGUAACGAAAUUUUUAAACGGCAUUAAAUAUACGGCAAAUCCGCAUGUUGUUUUAAAAUCUUAUGGAACCGUCGAUAUCACAUUUGGAACGCUUGAUAUGGACACGAAGCAAUUAGAGGAAAAUUUUGCUACCAUUAUUAAGGAUGUUAAUGAAGCAAAACCACGUCGUCCAGGACCUUUUAUUACAAGAACUCGUAUUACAUGUGCACCUUCAGCAGAAAUGCUUAAAGUUGAUUUUGAACAGUAUCUGCCUAAAGAUAGUAUUCUCAAAGUGGAAGAAGAAGAAGAUGAAAAACCAGAUGUUGUUAUUGCAUCUCAUUAAUAUUGUCCAUAAGGAUAGCAAUAAAAUAAUAUCUACAGUUAAAAAUA